AUGCGCAACUUUUCCAAGAUGGCCUCGCCCGCUGUAAUGGAGGCGGGGGUCGGCUUCCGACAUACCACAAGGAAAGCGGAGGCGGCCAUCUUCGGGCUUACUGAAGGGAAUGGGACUCGGGUCGUCCGAGGCAGCUGGAGCGUAUGCAUCGCCUUUUACAGGAAAGCCGAACAGAAUCUUCAUCAGUGGAAGGAGCCCUCGGGUGGUAGUUGGCAGCCAGCAGACUCAGAUGCUACAAAGAUUCAACUUGACCAUGAGGUUUUCCAGGGCUCACUGUCAUUCAAGGAUGUGGCUGUGGUUUUCACCUGGGAGGAGUGGCAGCUACGGGACCCCAUCCAGAAGAACCUGUAUCAAGAUGUGAUGUUGGAAAAUUAUAGCAACCUGGUAUCAGUGGGGCAUCAAGUUAUCAAAGCAGAUGUGUUCUACCAGUUGGAGCAAGAAACACCAUGGGUAAUAGAGGAAGAAAUCCAGAGUCAGAUUCAUAGGCUUUCAGCCAUAAGUCACAGCUUAUUAAACAUUGGAAAACUCAAACAGAAGAAAAACAGUAUAACUAUAGUGACUGCAGGAAAGCCUUUUCCCAAAAAUCAGACCUCAUUAAGCAUAUCAAAGCCCGGAGAGAAACCCUAUGGUUGCAAUAGAUGUCAGAAAGCCUUCAGUCGGAAGUCCCAUCUCAUUUUACACCAGAGAACCCAUACAGGACAGAAACCUUAUGAAUGUAAUAAAUGUGGGAAAGCCUUUACUGAUAAGUCAUGCCUUAAUAAACAUCAGAGAACGUAUACGGGGAAACGGUUUGAGUGUCGUAUAUGUCAGAAAAGCUUCAGCAAUAAGUCACAACUCACUUUACAUCAAAGAACUCACAUGAAAGAGAAACCCUACAGAUGUGGUGAAUGUCAGAAAAGCUUCAGCAGUAAAUCACAGCUCAUUAUUCAUCAGCGAUCUCACACAGGAGAAGAACCUUAUGGUUGCAGUGAAUGUGGAAAAACAUUUCCCCUUAAGUUUAGCCUCAUUUUACAUAAAAAAACUCAUACAGGCAAACCUUAUGGAUGCAAUAAAUGUGGGAAAGCCUUCAUCCAGAGAUCUGAGCUCAUUAGACACCAGAGAACUCACACAGGAGAGAAACCUUAUAAUUGCAGUAAAUGUGGAAAAGGCUUUAGUGUAAAGUCACUCCUCAAUACUUGCUGGAGAACUCAUACAGGUGAGAAACCCUACAAAUGCAGUCAAUGUCAGAAAGCUUUCACCCAAAAGUCACACCUCACUAUUCAUCAUAGGUCUCACACCGGAGAGAAACCUUACGAAUGCAGUGAAUAUCACAAAGCCUUCAGCCGGAAGUCAUAUCUCCUUAUUCACCAGAGAAUUCACUCGGGGGAGAAACCUUACAAAUGCCUUGAAUGUGGGAAAACUCACAAGUUUAGCCUCAUUAUUCAUCAGAGACUCCACACAGGAGAGAAACCCUAUGAAUACAGUGAAUGUGGGAAAACUUUUCCUAUUAAGUUUAGCCUCGUUUUAUAUCAGAAAACACACACUAGAGAGAAACCCCAUGAAUGUAGUAAAUGUCAGAAAUCUUUCACCCAGAAGUCACAUCUGAUUAUACAUCAAAGAACUCACAGAGGUGAGAAACCGUAUGGAUGCAGUGAGUACUGGAAAACUUUCUCCCACAAAUUCAGCCUCAUUUUACAUCAGAAAACUCAUAGAGGAGGGAAAUCAUGAGUGAAGUAAGUAUCCGAAAUUUGUCAUUGAGUGUGAAUAGGUUAUUACACCAGAGUUUACAAAGGAAGGAAACCUUAAGGUUGCAGCAGAUGUGAACAUGCUUUCUUCUCAAACUCACACCUCACUACUUAUCAGAGAAUAGUACUGGGUAGAACACCAGACAGGAAAUGCCUUUCACAAGAAAUACCAAUUGAUUAUUGCUCAAAGGGAACAAACAGGAAGGAACAUAUUGAUUGUGGGGAUGUUCUCAGCAUGAGAUUCAGCUAUUGGAGAAUUGACACUGAGGAAAAAAGUUUUAUACUUUAUAGAAUCUGGGGAAUCAUGCUUUCAUGGGUAUCAUUUUAUGAGGGAAGUCAUUUUCUGUAAUUGUGACAAUAAAAAUUAUAGAAAGUAUUUAAUAUGUAAAUAAAUACUUGUCAGAAAACAAAGCAAAAAUUUUAUCAGAACUAUGUAAGAAUGUGUGUUUUGUACCUAUAUUUAUUAUAAAGAUUGUUCAUAUUUUGCAGUUGCACGUGUUAAUGUAACAAUGGAGACUCCCUAGUAAUGUGCUUAAAUGUAUAUAAAACUUUCCCAUAGAAUAUCUGCAUUGAAUUGUAUCAUUUCAAUGCUACAUAAAUUGUAAUUGAAUUACAUGGUCCAUUAUUUAAUAAGAAAUCUUAAUAAAAUACUUAAUAUUUCCCCCUCUCCCCACUUGCUGGUAUUAAUAAAUGGGCCUGACAGAUUUUGAGCCUCUCUUGAGUAUAACUUUUUUUCAUUGGUUCUAAGUUAGAAAUUUUUCCCCACAUAUUAACAAUGCUGAAGGUAAAAUGCAGCAUACAGUUAAUGGCUUGGCAUAUUUAAAUGGAGAACGUGGUACAUAAAAUAAAAUAGUGGUGCA